CUGGCGGCGGGCUAGGAGUCAGCUCAGGCCGUGCCGGAACAGUUUUUUCUGUUCCGUGCUUUUAUCCGGAUCCCUUUCUCCACCGGACUCUUCCGGUCAGGCUGUCGGAAAAGAUGGAGGAACUGGCAUGCUGAGAGCUUUCUAGUUCGGCGUGCGUGCUCUACGGACAGCUCUGUGGCUUUUCUGAGUACGCGCGGCUCCAGCCUUCUGGCUCCAUGGCGGGACUGACCCUGUUCGUGGGCCGUCUCCCGGCUUCAGCUAGUACCCCGCAAUUGGAGCGUCUCUUCAGUCAGGUGGGGCCAGUGAAGCAGUGUUUCGUGGUCACCGAGAAAGGUAGUAAGACAUGUCGUGGCUUUGGCUAUGUCACUUUUUCCAUGCUGGAGGAUGCUCAAAGGGCUAUCAAGGAAGUUACUACCUUUGAAGGUUGCAAGAUCAAUGUGACUGUUGCCAAGAGAAAGCUAAAGAACAAAAUGAAGGAGAAGGAGAAGAAAGAAUGCUCAGACACCCCACAAGAAGAACCAGAGCCAAAACCCAAGCCUAAGAAAACCAAAGUAGCUGACAAAAAAGCUAGACUGAUCAUCCGGAACCUAAGUUUUAAGUGUUCUGAAGAUGAUCUGAAGACUUUGUUUGCUCAGUUUGGUGCUGUCUUGGAGGUGAACAUUCCUAGGAAGCCAGAUGGAAAAAUGCGAGGCUUUGCUUUUGUUCAGUUCAAGAAUCUCUUAGAAGCAGGAAAGGCCUUGAAAGGCACUAACAUGAAAGAAAUAAAAGGACGGACAGUGGCUGUGGAUUGGGCUGUGGCCAAAGAUAAAUAUAAUGCAACACAGUCUUCUACUUCAGACGAGGAGCAAAAAGUCACUGAAUGCAGACAGCAGGAUUCAAGACAAGAGGAAGGCAAUGAGAAGGAGAAUAAAGAUGCGGAUGAUGAGGAGGAGGAUGAAGAUGAUGAAGAUGAGGAGGAAAAUGAGGAGGAAAGUGAUGAUGAUGAAGAGUUACAAGUAACUAAGCCAGCAAAGGCUCAGAAGAGGGCAAGCAAAAGACCACUAACUUUGGAUGCAGAGAGCAGUGAGGAAGAUGAGGACAGCGACCAGGAGGAAAAAGGUAGCAGUGAAGAUGAAGAGGAACCGAAUCAGAAUGAAGUGGAUUCUGGUGAAGAAGACCAAGGUUUGCCUAAUGAAGAAGAAGUUCCAAAGAAGAAAAAGAAGAGGAAAUUACCAUCUGAUGUGAAUGAGGGGAAAACUGUGUUUAUCAGAAACCUGUCCUUUGACUCAGAGGAAGAAGACCUGGGGGAGAUUCUCCAGCAAUUUGGGGACCUUAAGUAUGUUCGUAUUGUCUUACAUCAAGAUACAGAGCAUUCCAAAGGUUGUGCAUUUGCCCAGUUCAUGACUCAGGAAGCAGCUCAGGCAUGUCUUGCAGCAGCUUCUGCAGAGACUGAGGAUGGAGGGCUCAAGCUGGAUGGCCGAAAGCUUAAGGUGGACUUGGCAGUGACCCGGGAUGAAGCUGAAAAAUUGCGAUCCAAGAAUGUAAAGAAGCAAACGGGAACCCGGAACCUCUAUUUGGCCAGAGAAGGCUUGAUUCGUGCUGGGACAAAAGCUGCAGAGGGUCUGAGUGCAGCCGAUAUCGCCAAGAGAGAACGGUUUGAACUUCUCAAACAUCAGAAGUUGAAGGAUCAGAACAUCUUUGUCUCUAAGACCCGGCUCUGUCUGCACAAUCUCCCAAAGGCGGUGGAUGACAAACAGCUCAGGAAGUUGCUACUGACUGCAACGGGAGGGGGAAGGGCUGUCCGCCUGAAAGAGUGCCGAGUGAUGCGAGACCUUAAAGGUGCACAUGGGAAUGUUAAAGGUCAGUCCUUGGGCUAUGCCUUUGUGGAGUUUGAAGAACAUGAGCACGCCCUAGCUGCCCUUCGUCACAUCAACAACAACCCAGAUAUUUUUGGCCCUCAGAAGAGACCGAUAGUAGAGUUCUCUUUGGAAGAUGGCAGAAAACUAAAGAUGAAGGAAAUGAGAGCCCAGCGAAACCUGCAGAAAAUGAAAUCAAAGCCUGUAGCUGAUGAGCCCCCAAAAGACCAGCAGCAACAGCCUGGGAAGUUCCAGAAGCAUAAGGCUUCUCACAGCCACACACAGGGCCCAGGCAAGCUUCCCCUGAAACCAAAAGGGACGAUACCAGGUUCAUGGGCAGGAUUCCAGACCAAGGCUGAAGUGGAGCAUGUGGAGCUGCCAGAUGGGAAGAAGAGGAGAAAGGUCUUAAUGCUCCCCUCACACCGAGGGCCAAAAAUCAGAAUGCGGGACAAGGGCAAGGCUAAGCCUCCUCCACCCAAAAAACCGAAGGUCCAGAUGAGACAUCAGAAACAGGAGAAGCGGCGCUCCGUGUCUUUGCAGGUGCCGAAGAAGAAGGCUAAGGGAAAUAAGUCAGAAAUUCGAUUCAACCAGCUGGUUGAACAGUACAAGCAGAAAAUCCUAGGACCCACAAAGGGAGCCCCUUUUGGAAAGAAGAGCAAGUGGUUUGACACUUAACUAUAGCAGCAAAUGGCAUAAAUACCUGCCUCCUUUACUGCAUUGCAGAACAUCCUGUCCAGUAGUCUUGUGUUUUUCAUUGUAGGAAAAAGAUUAUGGAUUGCUAAGGUCAUCUUCUUAGCCCUGUACUGUUCAACUCUGACAACAAUUCCUCUCUCUGGGUCUGAUAGCCAUAGAGAGAAAUGUCAGAGAAAUGUGAUAAUCAUUUUGUGUUUAUAUCUAGAUUGUUUAUGGAGCUGUAUCUUGUUGUUCCAUAUUUAUUCUUGUUUCUCAAGUGGAAACAACUGUAAAAAAAUUCAUCCUCAUGUUGAUUUUUAAUAUAUCUAUUUUGAUAAACAUCCUGUCUCAAGGAAAAAACUUAAACUGUUUUUAAAAUAACAAAUCAUGCUAUUCAUGAACCGUCAUUAUAUUCUUGUAUCUAACUGCACAGUCUUUGUAUACUGAAUAUGUAGAACUGUAGGUAAGAGUCAGAAGGGAUGAAAAGUCCAAAGUAAUGCUCCCUAAUCUCAUAGGUUUGCCUCAGCAUAACUAUCUUGAACUGUAGGUGAAUUCUAUGGCCCACUAGGCUUAUGUCACCCACUAAGAAGUCUCCUCUUCAAAUGCAUCUUUUUGUGAUACAUUUACAAAUCAUAUGCCACAACUUCUCAGCAUAUAGAGGAGGAAGUUGGGAGGGACACACAAGUACAAACUUGCUACCAUUCGUUGUCCCAUAUCAUAUAGGUGUUUAUCCCUCAAAAGUUAUAGUAGGAGGCUCUAGUAGGUGGCUCGGUGGAUAGAGCACUAGACCUGGAGAUGGGCAGUCCUGGGUUCAGAUCCUCAGAUACUGGUUGUGUGACCCUGGGCAAGUCACUUAACUUCCAUUGUCUUCUGUUUUGGAAGCAAUACAAAGUAUUGAUUUUAAGAUGGAAGGUAAAGGUUUUUAAAAAAUUAUAAUAAAUAAUCACACAAAAAAAUAAAAGAGGGGAGCAAAAUUUUGGGAACUGUCAUCAGGACCUCAAAGGAUGGAAUAAAUUCCUAAUGGUCUGGGGCAGGGGAGAGAGAUAAAGAAUGUGAUAGUGAGUUUAAAAAGUGCUACAGAUAUUUGAAAAUGCUACAAAAGCAUUCCUAGUACCUAAAACAUUUCAGACUAAGCCACCAUCUUAACCUCUCACAGGCUCCAAGUUUUCACCUCAGCCUGCUUGAGAACAUUUUCUGUGCUGAUUUUAUAAUGUCAGUGGAAAGUUGGGUUCAUUUUGAGAAAUCUAAUUUAUAACCACUUUUGCUGGAAAUGAUUAUCCUUAAAGUAGGAGAGGAGAUUGCUGUAUUUAUGCUUUAAAAGGUGCUGAAAAUGAGUGUUGACAACCUUUACCCCAAGCGGGCAGAGAAGGAUGUUUGGUUAUAUAACAGGAAUAUAUGCUUGCAUAAAUGCAUUGUCUAUUUUUUAAAAAUUCUCUUCUGAGGAAACAGAGCUUUCUGCAUUACUUGCCUACAUUGGAUUCUACUCGACUCAACAAUUAAGUGACUUGAAAGUCAGCUUAUUUCAGGCAUUCCUAUAAUUAAAAUUUGUAUCUCUGCUAGUGCCUAGCAUAGUGUUUUGCACCCAGCAGCCCAUUAAGUAUUUAUCAAAUGAAUGAAUGAAUACCUCCUCCUCUGUGAUGGAGCAUGAUUUCUACACUUAGCUCCCAGGACUAGGAACUCCUGCUGUUUCUCCUCUCCCAAUGUCAAAUCCUGGGCAAGCCAAUGACAGCUCUAAUCUCAUUUUAGGCCAACAUAGUUGAUGCAUAGAAAGCAAGGAAAAAUGUUAAAUGAUACCAUUACAAUUGAACUAUUUAUAAUUAUUAUUUACUUGGUGUUUGACCAUGGCAGAUCGUUUGGGAAAAAAUAAUCUUCAAGCCAGAGCUUUCUGUGGGUGGAGUAAAAAUGGAGAAAUAACAAAGGAGAAUGAGGCCUUAGAGCAGGAAGUAGCAGCCAACUAGGAAUCGGUUUACAAGGUGUCCUAGAAGACAAACUGGCCUGCCCCUUCGUGUGUAACUUUGUGGCAACCUUCUGUAUUACAUUAAUAAAAUAUGUUUACGGAAAAA